CACAACGGAAAGAACACUCGUUGAGAGAAAGCAAGCUGUAGCUUUAUCUACAUUUCCACGAGUCUUACUCUACUUUAUUGAAGCGAUAAACGAUAGAGAAAUAUGGAGAACAAAAAUACUAGUGCUGAACAGAAACUAGAAGCUCCCAAAUGCAAAGAGGAUUCACUUCUCCCCAUUGCUGAGAAGGGACUUUUCUUCCACGAUUCCUUCUUCGAGGAUAUUCGGAAGCACUUUGAGACAGCCAUCGACCAAAUCCUGGACACUUGGGGAGAAACCAAGUCCGUGAGUGAUCUGAUGAGUAGCUACAGACGUGUAAGAGAUCGCAAUCUCCAACAGGAGAACCAUGUCAUGGCCUUCAGCGAAGACGACCACAAUCAUAAGGUUGUACUAGAUGUUCACGACUUCAAGAGUGGAGACGUUAAGGUCAGAGUGGAAGAUAAUCAGGUGGUGGUGGAAGGUCGAGUGGAAAAGGAAGAGGGCGACUUCAAGUCCAUGAAAAGCUUCUGUCGACGUUUCAACUUCCCAGGCAAAGUGGACAUGGAGGCCGUGACUUCCGCAAUGUCUUCCGAUGGCGUGUUGACUGUCACGGCUCCGAAGAUUCCACAGGCAGCAUAAGAAAACAUAUAUCAUUAACUCUGAUCGUAACAUAAUUUUUAAGACAAUGUAUGUUUAAGUAACUUAUUAUUUAGGAUAAUGUUAAAAGGAAUGAGACAUUUUUAAAAAUAAAUUAUAUUUGUUUA